AUGCGAGGCAGGAUCGCAACCAUCGCAGCUGCCGCAGUAACGCUAGCUCGAAUCGGAUCCGUUGCAGCGACUCCGCCCAAACCGAAGGAUGCAUCCGGAGAUCCUGCUGCGCGCCUAAUCGUCAAGGUGAAGCUUGACGCAGAAGACGCCUCCUGGACCCAGAAACUCGAACCAUCAUGGCAACACAACAUCAUCACCGUCGAGGCCAUGUACUCGCACGCUCAUCCCAAAGCUCAUCGCCCAGAUAAAGGUCGCGUGGCCAAUGCGUAUCUAAUGUGGAUCAUCGAGAACUACAACAACCUGCCAGAAACCCUGGUCUUCAUUCCCCCGAGAGAUACUCUUGAAAAACACCAUUUUGGCUUCCACAAUCCUUUGCUCAAUCUCAAGAUCCCGUUUAUCCAGGAAUCUGGCUUUGCGAACUUGCGCUGUCCGACGCAGAAGUCACAGACUACGUGCAACGACAAAGUCCUCAAGCCCAUGCAGCCGCCUUACGAGCUCCGGACGCUGGAAGAAAAAGUUCCAAAAAGCUGGCACAAUCUGUUUGGCAACGACAAAGAGGUGCCGCAGCAGAUCGCCACGGUGUUGGGAAACGCGUUUGCGGUCAGUAAGGCGCAGGUGCGGAAGAGGAGUGUGGAGGAGUAUCUGAAGUACUGGACGUGGUUGAACAAUACCAUCAUGGACGAUGAUUCCUCGGGGCUGUUGAUGGAGUAUCUUUGGCCGACUGUGUUUGGGAAAGAGGCGAUAUCUUGCCCGGAGAAGGCGCAGUGCGAGUGUGAUCUUUAUGGCAGGUGUGAUGAUAUCUAG